AUGCCACAACAAGUUCCAUCACAUCCACAUCUUCAAUAUGCUCAACAAUCUCUAUCCACUGCUGCUGCCCCACAAAUUCUACCAUUAACUGCUGGUGCUCCACAAAUUUCAGCAAUGCAAACACCACAAACACCUCAAUUACAAACAAUGCAAUUACAAUUUCCUCAAACAAUACAGCCAUAUGCUGCUAACCAUCAACCAGUCCCGCAAUCAGCCACUACUUCGCAAAUACAAUUACCUGUUGCUCAAUUGCCUACACCUACUGCUAGCAAUACAACAACUGCAAAUGUUGCUACUGAACAAAAACCACCUUCAAAUCAAACCACCAAAAUUAACAUUCACAAUAAUAACCAUUCUAACCAUGUUUCUCGUACUUCGUCACCUGCUAAUAAUGCUUCUUCAAAUUAUAACAAUAAUAAUAAUCGGCAGAAAGUUAUCCCCUUAAGUUCAAAAGCUUGGUGGUAG